AUGACGAUCCAGACGCGCAUAGCGACCACCUCUUCGAUCGCAUUGAGGGCAGUCGCCUACCUCUUCCUGCGAUGGGCCGCCGUGCCAUUGAGCAUAUUUGCGCUAUUUGCCGUCUUUGCGCCAUCUUUCGUCUCAGGAUACAUCAAUGAACCAAAAUACGAUGUUGUUGAGGACGAAGUCGACGUCACUGUGAAGGAGACCAUCGCGGAAGGCGACGCCGAGGAUGAACCCAUCAACGGCCAUGUCGUCGCUGAGGAGAUCCAGAUCGAAGAGAUCCUCACUGUCAAGGAGAAGACCAGCCCGUGGAAGACCCUUCUUGCUGGCACGCCCAGCUCGACUAACCCUAUCCUCUCGGCCCUCACCUUCCUGAUCAAUGUCAUCUUGGUUGCGAUGACCGCAGACUUUCUCCUCCGCGUUCGCCACUACCACCCAGUUAACGACCUGUCCUUUGUGCGUCUAGGUUACGUCUCACCCACAGAGGCCAAGUUUGUCUUGCGCGAGCCCGACCAGACCAAUAUGCCCGUUACCCUAGAGAUGCGCAUAAAGGACCCGCAGCCGCCGUUCGACAAUCCUCUCUGGCAGCUUGGCGGAGGAACGAGGUACACAGACAACACGACUGACUUCACUACGACACUCACCGUUCCCCUAAAGCACUCACAGCAGAGGAUUUACGAGUGGCGCACUUCAAACAACCACAGUGGCGAGUUCGUUGCGCCUCCAAGGGCGGGUCAGAUGUCGGCCUUUGCAGACAACAAGUUUACCUUCCUCUCGACGUCGUGCAUUCUCCCGCGGUUCCCGUACAACCCAUUCGAGCAUCCCCUUGCCAUCCCAGGCAUGCGACACCUCGCUAAUGUGCUGCCGAAGCUCCAGGCACAGUUCAUGUUGUUCCUGGGCGACUUCAUUUACAUCGAUGUUCCCAAGCGUCAAGGCAAGUACGAGGAGGACUAUCGCCAAAAAUAUCGUCACGUUUAUGCCUCUCCGGACUGGGCUCCUGUUGCGCAGAACCUUAGCUGGAUCCACGUUCUUGACGAUCACGAGAUUAGCAAUGACUGGUCUUCCAACACCACGGGCGUCUACCGUGCCGCUAUCGAGCCGUGGCAUCACUACCAAGAGCUCGCGAACCCCCCUCCUGCGCGUGUUGCGGGAACUAGCAACCUCAGGAGAGAUGGUGCGACUUAUUUUGAGUUUGUUCAGGGACCCGCAAGCUUCUUCAUGCUGGACACUCGCUCUUACCGAUCCGAUAACGACCUCCCGUUCGACAGCCCGGAGAAGACCAUGCUCGGCGCCAACCAGCUUGAGGACUUCCUCGAUUGGUUAAACCGACCUGAGCCGAAGGGUGUGAAGUGGAAGAUUGUGGCGUCGUCAAUCCCGUUGACUAAAAACUGGCCCAUCAACCGCAAGGACACGUGGGGCGGAUUCUUAAUUGAGAGACGCAAGGUCCUUGAGGCUAUGUGGGAUGCUGGUGCGAGAGGCAUUGGUGUUGUCGUUGUUUCGGGCGACCGCCACGAGUUCGCGGCUACCAAGUUUCCACCACCUGCAGGUGGGAGAUGGCCCGAGACUGCUGCCGCCUACGAGUUCUCUUGCAGCCCUCUCAACCAGUUUGCUUCACCUCUGCCGAGCUAUAGGCAGAACGACGACGAAGACAUUGCUCUCAAGUACAUCCACUCUGGCAAUUCCAAGUUUGGCUCUCUAACCAUUGAGAAUCUGGCUGAGGGAGAACAGAGUAGUCUUAAGUACAGCCUGUACGUUGACGGCGAGGUCACGUGGAACACUAUGAUUUUGUCGCCUCCCCCGGUCAGCGGCGAGAAGACCUCGGCUUCGUUUUGGAAUAAGUUGAAGGGCAACUAG